CAACACAAAACAAAAAGUCUCCAGCUCGCCCCCCCAGCAGCGGCAGCGCCCCGGGAGCUGAUGGAACAGGGGCUGGCGGGGGAAGUGGGACGCAGGAAAGCGGGACCACGAGCAAAAACUUCAGCGCUGCCUAAACUUUUCUCUUCCCUUUUAACGCGCUUCCCGGGCCUGGCUCCCAUUUUCCCGCGGGUUGCGUCUGAUUUUUUUUUUUUUUUUUUUUGGUUCUCCCCCCUCCACCCCUUUCCCUUCCCUCUCGCUCUCCAGCGGCGGCUGGACGCCUGGAGCCGAUAAGGAAGAGGGGAAGCAGCAGCGGGAGAGCUCGCCGCCGCGGCGAGGGGGAACCGGCCAGCCGGGGGCGGGGGGGCGGGGGGGGAGAGCGCGCGCAAGAGCCCGAGCCCGGCACACGCGCGGCGAGCUCGGCUCGUCAUAAAGCUCGCCGGGGCUGCUCGGCUCUUUUGACAGCUGGGCUCGAGCGGCCUCGGUGGGACACCUCUCUCGCGCUCGCUCUCUCUCUGCGCCCCCCCCCCCCACGCCCGGGUUUGCACUUGCCCCCCCUGCCCCAAGAGCAAUGCAAAGCGGCUGAGGGUUAAAGGGGAGCAAGGAAGCAACGUUGUCCUUUCAGAUCCCCUGGCAAAUCCUUCCAGCCCAACAACAACCAACAAACCACAAACCAACCUGUGGAGGCUUCAGACCCAAACCUGGGUCCCUCCCGCCCCCACAGCAGCUCGCGGCUGGGGCUCUUGGAGGAAGUUUUGAAGAGCUCGAGAGAGUCUCUCUCUUCCCCCUCCUCCGUGGGUGGGUGGUUUUUGUUUUUUGGUGGUGUUUGUUUUUAGUUCAAAUCACCUGAAGGCUUGGGGGGGGGGGGGAGAGAAAGAGGAAAACCGAGAGGAGCAGAGAGCCCAGAGGCAGAAGGAAGGGGCUGGUGCAGGCUCGGCUGCUGAGAGGCGAUCAGGAGACAGGGGGUGCACUUGACAACCAGCAUGCAGAGAUGGCAGUUUGGGAUGGGAUGGCCACAGGAUUUUGCUGCUACUUUCCUUCCACCAAAGUCAGAAGAGGCAGAAGUGGAUGUGAGAGACAGAGAGACACAGAGACACAGAGAGCGAAAGAGGGCAAGAGACUUGACUUUAAGAGACUCCUGCACUGACAACUCCAUGCAGUUCGGAACAAGAACGGCAACGACCGAAUCUGGUUUCAUGGGGACAUGGCAGAACGCUGACACUAACCUCUUAUUCAGAAUGUCCCAACAGGCCAUCCGCUGUACACUGGUAAAUUGCACAUGUGAAUGUUUCCAGCCAGGGAAGAUUAACCUGAGAACCUGUGACCAUUGUAAACAUGGCUGGGUGGCACAUGCUUUGGACAAGCUUAGCACUCAGCAUCUGUACCACCCUACCCAAGUGGAGAUUGUGCAGUCCAACGUAGUGUUUGACAUCAGCAGCCUGAUGCUCUAUGGUACCCAAGCUGUGCCUGUGAGACUGAAGAUACUGCUAGACCGACUCUUCAGUGUAUUGAAGCAGGAAGAGGUGCUGCACAUCUUGCAUGGCUUAGGCUGGACACUUCGGGACUACGUGCGGGGCUACAUCCUUCAGGAUGCUGCAGGCAAGGUGCUGGACCGCUGGGCCAUCAUGUCCAGGGAAGAAGAGAUUAUUACCCUUCAGCAGUUUCUAAGAUUUGGAGAAACCAAAUCCAUCGUGGAGCUGAUGGCAAUUCAAGAAAAAGAAGGGCAGGCUGUGGCUGUGCCAUCUUCAAAGACAGAUUCAGAUAUAAGGACUUUUAUUGAAAGCAAUAAUCGCACUAGGAGCCCAAGUCUCCUUGCUCACCUGGAGAACAGCAACCCUUCCAGCAUUCAUCACUUUGAAAACAUCCCUAACAGCCUUGCGUUUCUGCUUCCAUUCCAGUACAUAAAUCCCGUCUCUGCACCAUUGCUGGGGCUGCCUCCAAACGGCCUCCUGCUGGAACAGCCUGCUCUGAGGCUGCGGGAACCAAGCCUUUCUACCCAAAAUGAAUAUAAUGAAAGCAGUGAAUCUGAAGUUUCUCCCACUCCUUUCAAGAAUGAGCAGACAUCCAGCAGGAAUGCUUUGACCAGCAUCACAAAUGUAGAACCCAAAACUGAGCCAGCCUGUGUGUCUCCCGUUCAAACAUCGACACCCAUUAAUGAUUUGUCCAAAACUGAGCACACAAAAAGCUCAUUCAGGAUUCACAGAAUGAGAAGAAUGGGAUCGGCAUCAAGAAAAGGGAGAGUGUUCUGCAAUGCGUGUGGUAAAACUUUCUAUGACAAAGGUACUCUCAAAAUCCACUACAAUGCGGUUCAUCUUAAAAUCAAACACCGGUGCACGAUUGAAGGCUGCAACAUGGUCUUCAGCUCUCUUAGAAGUCGAAAUCGUCACAGUGCUAACCCUAACCCCCGCCUUCACAUGCCUAUGCUAAGGAACAACCGAGACAAAGAUCUAAUCCGUGCUACAUCAGGAGCUGCCACCCCUGUCAUAGCAAGUACAAAAUCCGGUCUUACCUUAACAAGCCCUGGUCGGCCUCCAAUGGGUUUUACUACUCCCCCACUAGACCCUGUACUACAGAACCCUCUUUCUAGCCAGCUGGUGUUUCCAGCUUUAAAGACUGUCCAGCCUGUUCCUCCUUUUUACAGAAGUUUACUUACUCCUGGAGAGAUGGUGAGCCCUCCAACCUCAUUACCCACCAGUCCCAUCAUACCAACAGGUGGUUCAGUGGAGCAGCAUCCUCCUCUUCCUUCAGAGUCAUCGGUACCUGUGAUGGUGAUGCCUACCCAUGAGCCUAAUGCUGACCUUGCCCCUAAAAAGAAACCAAGGAAGUCAAGCAUGCCAGUUAAAAUAGAAAAGGAAGUUAUUGAUACUGCUGACGAGUUUGACGAUGAAGAUGAUGAAGCUAAUGACAAUAGCACGAUGGCUAAUGAUAUUGGUCAUGACAAUCACUGCCAUUCACAGGAGGAAAUGAGCCCAGGAUUGUCUGUGAAAGACUUUUCUAAAAACGGUAGAAGCAGAUGCAUUUCCAGGACAGAGAUAAGAAGGGCAGACAGCAUGACCUCAGAAGACCAAGAGCAUGAGAGAGAUUAUGAAAACGAGUCAGAAUCCUCAGAGCCAAAAUUGUGUGAGGAAUCCAUGGAAGGUGAUGAACGCAUCCAGGAAUCUAAUGAAAAGUCUAUGAUGAACAGUGAGAUGCCAGAUGAAAAUCACAAUGAAUCUUCUCACCGGGAUGUAAUUAAGGUGAAGGAAGAGUUUACAGACCCUACCUAUGAUAUGUUUUAUAUGAGCCAAUAUGGACUGUAUAAUGGGGGCAGUGCCAGUAUGGCUGCCCUUCAUGAAAGUUUCACUUCAACAUUCAACUACAACAGUCCUCAGAAGUUCUCCCCAGAAGGUGACCUGUGUUCCAGCCCAGAUCCCAAGAUCUGCUAUGUCUGCAAGAAGAGUUUCAAAAGUUCCUAUAGUGUGAAGCUUCACUACAGGAAUGUUCAUUUAAAAGAGAUGCAUGUCUGCACAGUGGCCGGCUGUAACGCUGCCUUCCCGUCACGGAGAAGCAGAGAUAGACACAGUGCUAACAUAAACCUGCACCGUAAACUGUUGACCAAAGAACUGGAUGACAUGGGACUGGACACCUCUCAACCUUCUCUUAGUAAGGACCUCCGUGAUGAAUUUUUGGUGAAGAUCUAUGGCACCCAGCAUCAAAUGGGGCUUGACAUAAGGGAAGACACCUCCUCACCAGCUGGUACUGAGGAUUCCCACAUGAAUGGGUAUGGAAGGGGCAUGUCUGAAGACUACAUGGUCCUAGACCUGAGCACCACCUCCAGCAUCCAGUCUAGCAGCAGUAUCCAUUCCUCAAGAGAAUCUGAUGCAGGCAGCGAUGAGGGGAUUCUCCUGGAUGACGUUGAUGGGGCAAGUGACAGUGGGGAAUCUGCACACAAAAUGGACACCCCUGCCAUAGGUGUAGGUAUGGGUUCCGACCUUCCAGGAUCCCUCAUGUUCAACAAUGUUUCAAUGAGCAACGGUGGGAUAAUGUGUAACAUUUGCCACAAAAUGUACAGCAACAAGGGGACCCUCAGGGUGCACUAUAAAACGGUGCACUUGCGAGAAAUGCACAAGUGCAAAGUCCCUGGGUGCAACAUGAUGUUUUCCUCUGUCCGCAGCCGAAAUCGGCACAGUCAGAACCCUAACCUGCAUAAAAACAUUCCCUUCACUUCAGUAGAUUAGUUUAAGGAUGGACACUCAAAUGCCAGCUCUCACAGAGGGCAUACCAUUGUUUGAACUGCCAUAUACAGUGUGUGUGUAUGUGUGUGCGUGUGUGUGUGUGUGUGUGUGUGUGUGUGUGUAUAUAUAUACACAUAUAUAUAUAUACAUAUAUAUAUAUACACACACACACACACACACACACACACACACACACACACACAUAAAAUCUUUUUCUUUUUUAACAAAAGAAAAACACCAGGUGCUUUUGUUUGUUUGUUUUCAUUUUCCUUCGUUGGGUUUGGGGUGGGGUGGGGGCAGGGGAAGGUAAAGAAGGGAUGGAAUCUUUAACUGGGGGUGAAAUACCCUCAAUAAAAAUCACAGAAACUUGCAAUUAGCCCCAGUUUUGUUAGGAAAUUCUUGGUCAUCUCCAAAGAGACAAAUUGUUCUACCCAUGAUUAUUGCCUGCAAAAAAACAAAAAACAAAGAAGCAAAAAGGGGGUGGGGAGAACUUCUUGGUUAUCAUUGUGUACUUUAAGCCGUUGGGAAAAACUUCUACUAAGCAUGGCUGUUACACUUGUAUAUAUAUUGAGCCUUGAGAGGCCUAUGAUGUAAAACAAUUGUAUUGAUGGUGGUUUAACUCUCUCUCUUUUUUUUUAAUUUUUACAGUUACAUCCAGCUGUUAGAUAUGCAGAAAAAAUAGUUUACUGGCUAGCUCUAUUCAAUUUAUGUUAGCUUUAAUGCACAUUUUUAAAAGAAACACGGUCUUGUUUUAACUACCUGCUAUAUAUAAGUAAUACAGAGGGGCUGGCAUGCUUUACAGUACCUGAUCUGAUACAGCUUUUUUGUCUUGUACUAUUACAUAAAUCCAGUCAUGCACUUUUUUCAUACACUACAAGGGGAUGUGUAAUAAUAUCAAUGCUUUUUUUCCCUUAAACUAUUGCUAUAUUUUCAGUAAGUGUCUUUAAAAAAAACACACUUAGAUAAAAGUGGUCUGGUCAGUAUGGGGCAUGAAUGCCAAACAAAAAGUAUUAGUAUUUAGUGUUAAUACAAAAGUGCCAACUUUGCACAAGUUUUCAGAAAAGAAAAUAUAACUAGUUACUCACUAUAAACCAGAGGCUGAGUUUUUGGCUAACAGAAAAAUGCUAGGGGAAGAAAAACAUAAAGAACACUUGGUGCUUUUUUCAAGUGUCAAAUAUUAUUAGAAUCAACAGUGCAUCUUUAUUUCUUAUAUGUUACAUUACUUAAAAGGAAAACAGAAUUAUGUGGUGUGAAUCAGUGGAGGCAUUUCCUCUGUUGAGCAAGGAUAAUAUUGCAGGAUAUAGAUGCCGAAAUUACUUACUUCAGAACAAAGCUAGAUACAGUGAAUCCAUUCUGGUGCUCCUUACUCCUGGGCUUUUGUGUUCUUUAAAAAAAAAAAAAAAAAAAAGAAAGAAAGAAAGAAAGUCUUAACUCUGUUGUUCUGUAAAGUUGUCUGAUUUGCAUUGGAAAGUGCUGUAGUAUGAUUAAGGCAUGUUUUAUAAAAGCAAACAAAAGAUAUUAAUAGCAGAAGCACUUAGAAGCACUGAAAACACGUGCUGGACUUUUUAUUGGGUUACCUUCCCUUUGGAUAAAUUAGAGGCAAAACCAAAGCUUUCGUUAUGUUAAUGUUUUGUGUUUUACCCAUAUGGUUCAUCAGAGAAGAAUGAAAGUAAGGCCAGGAAAGAGAGAGAGAGGGAAGAAGCAGUUGAGAGAGACAGAGGGAGAGGCUGCCCUCCGAAUCUUUUUUUGUUUCCGGUGUUUACACAUGGUGCUUGAGCUGGUAAACCGCACUGGCAGCCUAAGCUACCACAACAUACUGACUGAAUGAUGAUAUUUACUUAAGUUCAGCCUACAGCCAAAACCAUUAGGGUGUGUGUUAUAGACUUUUUUUUUUAAGCCAAGGAAUAUUUCAGCAUACAAUGCUCACUUAAAGACAAUGUAUUCCUUUUCUGUAUUUAAUGGCCUAGAACAUUUCUCUUGUUAUGCUGAGAGUCAGAAAUGCUCCUUUGUUUCAGCGUCAGGUUGUUUUGAUUUGUUGUGCAUUUUGAUCAUUUUGUCCAUGUGAGCACUCACUCCUGUUAAAUUUGCGAGAGGAAACUGUUAAUAUGGAUCCUUUCCCUUUAGGAUUUAUUGUACAUUUCAGUAUUCCAAAAGUAAGACUCAACAGAUAAUGCAGUGUUUCCAUUUGUAGAAAAUAAAAUUUAAAAAAUCCUUCUAAAGAGACUGAAAAUAUGCUUCUAUGGGAUGUGUUAUUUAAGGAGAGCUUCUGGUCAAUCUUUAGUAAUGUACAGUGAGAAAAGACUGAAAACAUCUGUGGAUUCCAUAGAAACUAUAUGAAAAGUCCAGUAUGUCAGACAAGAAAUCCUAAGCAGUUUUUGCUGACUUAUUAUUUUAUAUUUUUUUCACUUUUCCCCAAAUUCCUAAAUAUUUUCCUCAUCAAAUUAAGUGAAGAGAUCUGCUUUGUUUUAUGUUUGUACAUGUCCAGUAUGUUUUUUGAAAGAGGGAAGUUAGAACAGUAAAGGUGAAUUCUUCUCAACAUAUGAACCUUUGUAGUGUUAUCUGUACUGCACUCCUGUCACAAUCCUAAGCUAUUAGGAACCAAGCAAGAUGGAAAGUUUGAAAGACAAAACAAAAAUAACUGAAUAUCUACAGAAAAACACUGUUUUUGAAGUAUGUAUGGUAUAAAUAAAUAUCUUUUUUUAAUGAAAAACACAUUUGAGAUAUAUAAAUAAUUCUUUACUGGAUGAAUCACUGUUCUGCAUUCUCAUUUUACUCUGUUUCUGCUAAAGGUCAAAUGGUUUUGGUAAACUAGUUUGGAAACUUAAACAUCAUCAGCAGAUCAAUUCAGCAAAUGAAUUACACAGAAAAUGUCUGUUUAUUACACAAAAUGAAACAGUAUGUUAGAAGAGUGUAACGGAUCAGAGACAAACCUCCGAAAGUUUUUAAAAGCUAUGCGGUCCUUUUGUCACGACAUCCUAAACUAAUCCCCCAUUGUGCUUAAGCAUUGUAGGAGAAGAUGACUGUUUAUAGAACAGCUCAGCAUUCUUCAGUAUCACCCUUCCGCUCCUUGGAAAGGAUCUUACAUGCUGCCAUAUCUAGACGUAAUUAAUGUAUUCCCCCAACACUUGUGAUGGCUUAUGACAGUGGUUGGUUUUGUGGUUGGACACUUAAACUCACAUUGAAUUGAAUGGAAGCAUUUUCCCCUCCAUGCAGCUCACUAAGAGUCCAAAGUCAUCAGCAAUAUGCCUGUGAUAAAACUUGCAGUUUGAAAUUUUGUAAAAAUCCCAAAUCCCAAGGCGUAUCAGUGGCUUGUGUAAAAUGAGUUUGGUCUUAAUCUAGUUUCUAGUGGACAUCAUGGGAAAAAACCCACCGUAGCUGGCAUUAGCGGGCAUUCUCAGCAGAGACCAUGGAUGGAAUGAAUAUAGAGACUGAACGUACUGUCUCUCCAGGUCAGGACUGAGAUGCAUUGAUGUGGGGAAGCUUGCACUCCUGGCCAUGCUGUAGUUGUUCUGUGACUAGCUCUUCAGUUUCCAGAGCUGUCAAUCCAGCACCUUUCACACAAGCUAAAUUGGCAUGGUGGGGGAGGAGGGAAAGGAAACACUUCAGUUUACUCAUUUCAAGGAGAAGUUGCUCUAUCUGAAAAAGUUAUGUUCUGGUAGUUAGUGAGCAUGUGUGCUAAGUUACUUUAAUGUUUUGUUCAUUUCAAAAUAGUAUUUUUUGUAAAUACCAAAGGAGUUUAUUCCACUGUGAGGACUCACUGCAUGCUAAAUCUCCUUCUUUAAAGAGAGCCACAAGGAGCUUGUGUGCUGCUGCUGCUUUUUUUUUUUUUUAAGAAUGCAUCUGAUACCAGAUAAAUACUAUGUUCCUUUUGAAUCCCUGGUACUAAACCAUUUUUGAGAGAGGCAGUGUGGUUGAAAAGCAGGAGCCAGGAACUCCUCAGUUUUGGCACUGUCUGUCUGCUUUGGUCUUGGUAAUUCACUUUACUCGUCUGUGAAUAUGGGGAUAAUAAAUAAUAAUACCUACCCCACAGGGGAGUUGUGAGGAUUAAUUAGUUGUUUGUAAAGAGUGAACAUAAGUUUGAAGUAUUAUUAUACAGAUUACCAUAUUUAGAUCAUGUCUGUGAACUAGGUGUCAGCCUGAUAGAUGUUGAAAUGGCUGAGAUUUUAACUAUCCCUCCAGCCCCAUGAAAAAGAGGUUGAUAAUGCAAAACCCACCCAACAUUUAAACUACAGCAGGCAGCAUGGUUACCUUGUAAUAAUGAGCAUGUACUGCAAGCACUUGGUCACAACGAAUGUGAUCAGUUGUGGAAAGUUUUGGCUAACAUGCCUAUUUAGCACUUACACAUUGCUCUAAAAAAAAAAAAACUCUAAAAUGUUUUUCAGGAACCCUGCUCAUAACAAUUGACUAUUUCCCAGGGAAAUUUAGACACUUUCCAAUUGGAAAUUGUGGGCAGCACUUGUUCUGUAUAAAAUUCACAUAUUUUCUUUCUCUUGUGAAAGUAAAACUCCAUCUCCUCCACUCAUUCCCAAAGAAUGUAAAUGUCCCUUCUCCCAUUCUCCCCCUCCCACAUUGCCAAAAAAAGGAACUGAUCAGGGAAAUAAGUCAAGUCAUGCCCCAACAUGCAAAGUGUGUGCCUGGUCAUCGCAAGAGCUCAGCUCAGGAUCAGGUCCAAUAUAUUUAAAUGCUGGAAGGGGGACUGCAUGACCCUAUCUGUCUGAGUUUACCCUGUCUGUCUGGGUUUUAUCUAUCUAACUUAUUAAAUACAAUUAAGUAUCCAGCACAGUUGUUUGUAUAGUGAUCAAGAUUUUGUUUGAGCCAUUCCAAAGAUAAGGACCAUCCACAAAAUGAGCGAUCAUGAUUUGAAUUCCAAAGUACACUUUCCUUCAGUAAGUCUGAGGGUUUUAAACUCUAAGGACUUGGGUUGGACCAGUUUUUAGCAGUAGUAUACGGCACAUCAGCUAUCUUAAACUUCCAGGACAUCUUUUGAGAAAUACAUUUGCUUCCACUCAACAAAUUCCCAAAGAUUUUUCACUGUUUUUGGAGAGGAAAACGUUUGUUCUAGAAAUGUAUACAUGUUCCUUUAAAUUUUAAAUGCCAACUAUUUGCUGAAAUAAAAAAUAGAAGUAUUCUUUCCCCUGACCCCCAAAGACUGUUUUCUUUACUUCUCUUUGUUUAGGUAUAUUAACAGAAUGGUUUUUUUAUUUGAAGAAAAGGUGAAAAGUUCUCUGAAGUAGGUGCAAGAAAGCAGCUGGAGUUCUCUGUGGGGAGAAGGUGAGUGGCAGAUGCAUGAUGGCAGCUGGUGUGUGUCGGGCUUUUUUGUUUUUUUUUUUUUUGUUGUGUCACCACUUUCUGCUAUAGUAACACAACAAAACAGUGACUUUAGAGCUACUUUGCUAGACAAGGAUCAGCUUAUUCCCUGUCACCCCAUGAUGAGCUUCUCCCCGCCCAAUGAAUAUGAAAGGAACUUUUUUCUAUGCCCAAUUUUUUUUUAUUUCCAUAGAGAGCUACAUCAUAUGGUGGCCUGAACCCUUCACCCAUGUGUCAGCAUAAGUACAUGCUUGCUUCAGUCCCAUGGCUUCUGUAUCGGCAUCCAGCAAUAUCGCACCCUAUAAAUGUGGCAGAAUGACACAUUGACUCCCAUGCAUCAGUAUCAUUGUUAAUUAUUAUUUUCCUAAGGCUUUACAUAAUUAUCCUCAUUUUAGCUAGUUUCUGGUCCUACCAUCAUUACUAGUAACAGUACAAAAAAAAAAGACACCUUUGUCCUUUUGGUCAAGCCACUGGUCAAAAAUUUCCCAACACUAAAUACUAUGAUGUUUGGCAUUAGCACUAGGGGGGGAAAAUUCCUUGGCUGCCAAGGAGUUAAAAAAUGAAUAAAUAAAAAACAGAUGCAUUUUUGGCAAGUCCACUGACUUGUCAGCAUUAUUGUUCAUUAUGAUGCCACUGUAUUUUUUUAAACAGCAACAUACUGUAGUUGUCCUAAAACUAUUUUUCCAUUUCUCUCCUCUAAAGAAAGUGUGGUGUUGUAAAUUCAUGUGACCUUUACUGAAAAUAAAUACUUUUUUUAUAUAAUAUCUCAAGACAAGGCCUAGUUUGUAACAAAUAGUGGCCCAUUACAAAACAGGGAAAAAACUGAGCUGAGCAGCAAGAAGCUUCAGUUCAAUUUCACCUCAUAUCUUUCUAAUAACUUACUUGUCACUUUAUUACCUUCCAGUAAUGUGAAAGCUGCUGACAAGACUGUCACACUAACAGCAGACAACACCCUCUCUUCCUCGGCCCCAGCUCUCCUGGCUACUUAUUGUGCUGGCCCUGAAGGGACACAAACUAAUAGCGUGCUUUCAAGUUCAGCACUUGGCCAUCAAAUAUAAAAGGAUGCGUAAUUGCCUGUUUAUCCCUUGUGAAGGGGAAAUUGAGUACAAGAACUAGGUUUUCCCUCUGAGUUCCCUGACAUGCACGCGCUCACUCUCUCACACACACAGGCACAACUCUGCAGUGAGAAGAAGGGAGGUCCCAUCUGGAGUUCUUCGAUUUGUCUUUGAGAAGCCCAAGGCUGCCACUGGCUGCUCUAUCCAGCUAUCAGGCAGACAGUAAAAAGAUGACUUCUUAACACAAGGUCAGCUGAGAAAUGCUGUCUGUGAUGACACUUUUGUCUGCUUAUGUAGAAACUAAUUGCUUCGUAUCAGCAUAAAGCCAUGAUGUGCCUAUUAGAAAUAGGCACAUAGGCUUGCUGCAGGUCUCACUGUUUAAGUUAGAUGGUAAAUUGGAUGCAUGCUAUUUUUCUGGAUUAGCUCAUUCGGUGGCAAAAUUUAUUAAGGGCAAAAUUCUCUCAGAUCCAUACAGUGAGUGCCAGUUCCAAUCAACCAUUCUGCCUCAAUAUGCACAUCUUAUGUUGAGGUCAGUGGGGAUCUCCAUGGACAUAGUGAAAACACAAUAUAAAAGAGACAGGCUCUGCUGUCUGAUAUGAGGAGAAAUUUGCCCCGAUUUUUUUUUUAAAUUAAAAAGGGCAUUGACAAAACUAUAGAUUCAACUUCUCAAGUGAGGUAAUCAGGAAAAAAAAGCUAGUGGGAGAAAAUAAUUCAGAAAGCUAUACUACUUUUUUUUAAACUUAGAAUUCUAAGUUGAGGAAGCAAACGUUCUUGGAAACUAGACAGCUGCAUUGUCCAAGACUGCUCUCCUUCCUUCAGCUCUGCUUAUGUUUUUUAUCAAAACUAGAGUUUGCUUGAACACCAUGUGAAAGCUCAAGAUGCUGGAGGAAUAAUUGAAACAUAAUUUUCUUGUAGUGUAAUUAGAAUAUAUAUUAAAAAAUGUUAAGCCAUACUUUCCUGGAGCACUUAUGACCAAGGUUUCUAGUGGCAGUGAUCACUGUAAUUUUCAAUGGUACAGGAGUUCAUGAAAGGCCAGUGCAAUACCUAAAAACUGAAGGGUGGAUUCAAACAAAUCAUGGAGUGGUCAAUUUUAACACAUAUUUUGAGUUUUAUCAGCAUAGAUUUAUAUAUCAUUUGGCUGCUGUAUGGUUUUAGAGUUGCAACGAGGUGAUGACUAAUUGGAAGUAGCUUCUGUUUGCCGGUCCUUGAUGUUAAAAUACUCGUCAGUCCUAUAUUGCAGUUUGGUUCUGAUUGUAGUAGAAGCAAUGUCCCUCACUAUAAAUAUGCCAAGGUCUUUUAAUGAUCAGACAUAAAGUCAUUGAUCUUUUCCUUCCCCCUCUAUCCAAGUGCAUCAGAAAUUAUAACAAGGGACAAAUUAACAGACAUUUUCUGAAGGGGUGUGAGCAGGAGGGGCCUGGGCUGUUCAUUUCCUAAAUCAAAGGUUGAGUCCAAAUUGUGCCCACACAUUAAUCCCACCCUGGGGUUACACUGGGUGUAAAAGGAGGCAGAAUUUAGCCCAAAUCAAAUAAGCAAAUGCGUAAUGACCAAUUCAGGUAGAGUAGAUCCCUUCUUUUGGUAGCAUUGUUGAACGCUAUUUGUGGAAACUGAGCACUUUCUGAUCAGAGAAACGUUUUGGGUUCAGGGAGCUUUUUCUUGUAUGUUGGUGCAUUUAAUGACCUCAAUGUGACUGACAGACCUAUAUCUUAACAGUUUUAGAACAGUCUUAUACUGAGGCUAUAAAAGGCCUAAAUUGUAUGGAAUGUGGCAUAUCUGCCUCUGUUUCCCCCCAAGCCCUAAAUCACACAGGAAGCUUGAAUGAGUGUAUCCUGUAUUUCUAAUGUGUUUACUAGCACGGUUUUUUCAGUUGAUCUUCCUAUUUCAGAUCUUUGGAAAACAAAGUAUUUUGUGAAAAUGAAGAAGGGCAUCCAUUGUAAAUAUACCUCUUGAGCAGAGAGAGACACUAGCUAAGUGACACAUAAAGAUUUUAUAAGGUGUCCAUUGUCAAACAGAAGGUUGAGAAUGAUCAGAUGAUAAUGCAUGGUUAGGAUGGCAAACUCAUCAAUAGUUAAUCAGAAUCUGUCCAUUUCUGUUAUGGAAUGCAAAAGACUGUGAAAGGUGACUCUAGGGAAACAGUGGCACUGGUGAUUGUGUGUUGUGUGUGUCUGUCUGGGUGAAUGGAUGAAAAAGGGUAAAGCUGAAAGUUAUGCAAUCACUAGUCAUAGCCCUAAAUUGUUUAUUAGGUGCCUGUCUCCCUUUAUCCCCACCACUUUUACAUUGGUAGAAAAGUAUGCAUCCUUCCUGUCCCAGCUGUGAAACGGUACAGUAGUUGUGUGACUUGUGACUCUAGAGGCAUUCCUCUUAGUCUCCCAGAUAAUGUACUGGGUAAAUAGGUUAACUUGAAAUGUAUAAAUUAAGGUUGAUUGAUUGAUUGAUUGAUUGAUUUUUUUGACCAUUGUUUAAUUAGGAGGGGUUUUUUAAUAUGUCUCUUUAAUAUGUACAGUUAUCCAAACCCCUCAUUUUCUCCUUUCCCCAACCACUUCAUCUUCCCCCACAAAAAUUAACACAGCCACCUGAUAUCACUCCCUUUGGUUUGUGUGUUCUACCCAUAUGAACGUUUACAGUUUGUAAAGUGAUUAUGUGAAUGAAAUGUCCUAGUAUUAUAUGUUUAUCUGACAUGGCUGUCUAUAAAUAUAAAAUCCAAUGUGCUGGUUUUUCUUGUGCAAACUUUGGUUCAUGUGCCACACUAGGAGCUUUCCCAUCAUGCAGUUUUUUCCUGAUGGGCAGCAUUCUCUGUGUUCCCUGGGUGGUGUGUUCUCAGUUUGGGCUUACUGUCUCUGCUUCUCUCAAAAGCUCGCCAUGUUCUGUGCUCCAGUGCAAUGUAUGUAUAUUUGAUUCGAACCUUGAAUGCAUUCAGAAUUGACUUUUAGUUCAAGUUCAACCUGGUUUGUUUGACCAAAAGUGGGUAACUCACAUUCUGGUUUUGUCCAUGAACUUCUCAACACAGGUGGUUCAAACCCACCAUGAAAGGAGUUUUUGCUGUAUCUGGGUACUUCCAAGUCUUCUGAGGCUCCUGUCUGCAAGCACAUUUGUUGUUUUAUUAGUGUUCACUAAGAAAGGUCACAUGGACCAAACUAAAUGGUAUUUUCCAAUAUAGCCACUAGUUCUGCUUCCAGUUCUAGCAAACUAGAAACAUCUGAAUCUGACCUAUGGGUACACACUGAGAUUUCAAGCAUUGGUAAACUGGAUUUGAACCUUUAUGAAUUGGGGCCUCUACCUCUGCGCAUAGCAGGUUCAGUCACACAAAAAAAGCCCAUGAACCCUUUCCUAACUGAGCAUAGAGGAUUUCUCAUGGCUCUAGUACAUACGCUUGUUGCUGUUCAGUAACAUGCCAAGUACAUUUGGGGACUGGGGAAAUGUGCUUCUUCAAUGUGGCAAAACCACUGCUGUCUUUCCAAGGUAAACUUGUUUAAUGGACUUUACUGUUGCCAGGCACAUGUUCCAGCAACAAUAAGGUUUUUGGGGGGUGAACAGUUUUGCAAUCUUUAAUAGAUUUGCCUUUUUGUUUUUCUUUUUUGUUCUCGGUGUGAGUGAAACAUGAAUGCUCUGCUAUCCUGCCUGCAGAACCAAAGCAUGCACUAUAGAAUAUAGCUGUACCAGGGGAAUUGAAAAGCUUGCAUCACGUUGAUCUAAUAAUCAUGACAUUGGUAGCUUCAUAAAUACUGUAUGUACCCUAAACAAGUUUUUUCCAUUAGUAGUCUGAGGGAAUUAGAAGUCCUGUUUUUAAUUUGAUAUUUCUUCUUGUAUUUUCUGUACUAUAACUGUCCUGCAGUAUGUCUUUUGCAUAAAAUGCAUAAGGGUUUGGGGAUGUAAAUUGAAUUUUAUUCAUAUUUUGUCCAAAUACCUCUUGUAAUUUGUAUCAAAAUUCUUGUACAAUUUUUAUAUUAAAGAUUUAUC